CUCCUGGUCAGCGACAAGUACCGCUUCUUGUACUGCUACGUGCCCAAGGUGGCCUGCUCCAACUGGAAACGCAUCCUGAAGGUGCUGGACGGGGCGCUGGAGAGCGUCGACGUCAAGCUGAAGAUGGACCACAAGAGCGACCUGGUGUUCCUGGGGGACAUGAAGCCGGACGAGAUCAGCUAUCGCCUGAAGAACUACUACAAGUUCAUCUUCGUGCGAAACCCCAUGGAGAGGCUGGUGUCGGCCUACAGGAAUAAAUUUGGGGAGAUCAAGGAGUACCAGCAGAAGUACGGGGUGGAGAUUGUCAGGCGCUAUCGGAAGAACGGGGGGAAUUCGGCGGGCGACGACGUGACCUUCUCCGAGUUUCUCCGGUACCUGCUGGACGAGGAGGCGGAGAGGAUGAACGAGCACUGGAUGCCCAUCUACAACCUGUGCCAGCCCUGCGCUGUGAGGUACGACUUCAUCGGCUCCCUCUAACGGCUGAACGCAGACGCCAACUACGUCCUCGAGCGAGUCCAGUCGCCCUCCUUCAUCCGCUUCCCCGAACGGCAGUCGUGGUACAAGCCCGUGACGGCAGAAACGCUCCAUUACUACCUGUGCAACACCCAACGCCGGCUGAUAAAAGAGCUGUUACCAAAAUACAUCCUGGAUUUCUCCCUCUUUGCCUACCCCCUUCCCAACAUCACCAGCGAAUUCUGCAGGCAAUGA